AUGGCCCAACUCUCUGGAAUAACUAGACUAAUGGCUGAACAACUUCAACAUGAAUUACAAAAAUUGGAUCCAACUUUAAUUAUGAUAAUCACUCCCAAAGAAAUUAUUUAUCAAGGCAAAACUCAAGAUCUUCAAAAACCUAUUACAAGUGCUGGCCUACAAGACAUAGUAGAAGUUUUUGACCAUUCCUGGGAAGAUAAGUGCUAUCGACUUGGUGAACUUCUUUGUAUAAGAAGUUGGAGUGAGAAUACUUUAAACUUUUUAAUACAAGAAGUUGGCUCUCAAAAAAGACCUGAAAUAAGUUACAGAAUCUUAGCUUAUAUGUAUGACUCUGAUUUUGAGGUGCUAAAACAAGAAGCUUAUUGUGUUUACUUAGAAGAAGCUGGCGAUUCUACUAUUCCUGACAUGUUUUAA